AUGGGUGGCCCCGGUGCCACCCCUGUGCCCGUGGGCGCUCCUGGGCUCCACGCUGGAGGCCAGCGGAGGGGAGGGCUCUUGCGCCCGGCCCAGGGCGAUGGCAAUCCCAAGGAGAGCAGCCCCUUCAUCAACAGCACGGACCUGGAGAAGGGCAAAGAGUACGAUGGCAAGAACAUGGCCCUCUUUGAGGUAGGGCAUGUGGGCAGGGGGAGUCCUUGAGGAGGGGGCCAAGCGGGGCAGUUGCCUCACAGCACCACCCUGCCGCAGGGCAGCCGGGAGCACGAGGAGGCUGAGAACAAUGACGGGGGCAAGAAGAAGCCGGUGCAGGCCCCGCGGAUGGGCACCUUCAUGGGCGUGUACCUGCCCUGCCUCCAGAACAUCUUUGGGGUCAUCCUCUUCCUGCGCCUCACCUGGGUGGUGGGGAUCGCCGGCAUCAUGGAGUCCUUCUGCAUGGUCUUCCUCUGCUGCUCCUGCGUGAGUGAUGGAGCCAGCGGGACCCUGCUGUCUGCCCUGGCUCCAUCCUGCCCUCUGGGAUGCCUGGCAGGGCUGGGGGUGCUGCCGGGGUCUGGUUGGGACCCACCUUUUUUCUCUCUGUCAGCGGGUGGCUCCUACUACAUGAUCUCGCGCUCCCUGGGACCCGAGUUCGGUGGGGCCGUGGGGCUCUGCUUCUACCUGGGCACCACCUUUGCCGGUGCCAUGUACAUCCUGGGCACCAUCGAAAUCCUGCUGGCCUACAUCUUCCCAGCCAUGGCCAUCUUCAAGGCAGAGGACGCCAGUGGGGAGGCGGCUGCGAUGCUCAACAACAUGCGUGUGUAUGGCACCUGCGUGCUGACCUGCAUGGCCACCGUGGUGUUUGUGGGGGUCAAGUACGUCAACAAGUUUGCCCUGGUCUUCCUGGGCUGUGUCAUUCUCUCCAUCCUCGCCAUCUACGCUGGUGUCAUCAAGUCAGCCUUCGACCCCCCAAGCUUCCCGUGCCUCCGGGGCAACAGGACCCUCUCGCGCCAUGGCUUCGACCUCUGCACCAAGAUGGUGGUGGAGGGCAAUGAGACAGUGGGCUCCAAGCUGUGGGAGCUCUUCUGUACCUCCCGCUUCCUCAACGCCACCUGCGAUGAGUACUUCACCAUGAACAACGUGACCGAGAUCGAGGGCAUCCCCGGCGCUGCCAGUGGCCUCAUCCAAGAGAACCUCUGGAGCUCGUACCUGACCAAGGGCGUGAUCGUGGAGAAGCGGGGGCUGCCCUCCGUGAGCCCCCCCGACACCCCGGUGGACAUGGACCAGCCCUACGUCUUCAGUGACAUGACCUCCUACUUCACCCUGCUCGUCGGCAUCUACUUCCCCUCGGUCACAGGCAUCAUGGCUGGCUCCAACCGCUCCGGAGACCUGCGGGAUGCCCAGAAGUCCAUCCCCACGGGCACCAUCCUGGCCAUUCCCAUCACCUCUGCAGUCUAUAUCAGCUCCGUCGUCCUCUUCGGGGCGUGCAUUGAGGGGGUCGUCCUGCGUGACAAGUUUGGUGAAGCUGUCAAUGGGAACCUGGUGGUUGGCACCCUGGCAUGGCCGUCCCCGUGGGUCAUUGUCAUCGGCUCCUUCUUCUCCACGUGUGGGGCCGGGCUGCAGAGCCUCACCGGAGCCCCCCGCCUCCUGCCAGCCCUCUCCCGGNGUGGCCUGGUUGCUCUGUGGCCCCGGCUCCCUGUCCGUUGGUGGGGCCCGCUCCAGCGCUGGCCGCCCUGGGGCUGGGAGGUGCGGCGGGGCCCGGCCGUGGCCCUUGUCCUGCCCCACACACCCAGCUCAGCCUCACGUUCUCUCCCCUGCAGGUUUUUCCUCAUGUGCUAUAUGUUCGUCAACCUGGCAUGUGCGGUGCAGACGCUGCUGCGCACACCCAACUGGCGGCCCCGCUUCCGCUACUACCACUGGACCCUAUCCUUCCUGGGCAUGAGCCUCUGCUUGGCGCUGAUGUUCAUCUGCUCCUGGUACUACGCGCUGGUCGCCAUGCUGAUCGCUGGCCUCAUCUACAAAUACAUUGAGUACCGCGGGGCGGAGAAGGAGUGGGGCGAUGGGAUCCGGGGGCUGUCCCUGAGCGCAGCCCGCUACGCCCUGCUGCGGCUGGAGGAGGGUCCCCCACACACCAAGAACUGGAGGCCGCAGCUGCUGGUCCUGGUCCGUGGGGAUCAGGAGCAGAACGUGGUGCACCCGCAGCUCCUGUCCUUCACAUCACAGCUCAAGGCCGGCAAGGGCCUCACCAUCGUGGCCUCCGUGCUGGAAGGGACCUUCCUGGACAACCACCCGCAGGCGCAGAGGGCAGAGGAGUCCAUCCGCCGCCUCAUGGAAGCGGAGAAGGUGAAGGGCUUUUGCCAGGUCGUCAUCUCCUCUAACCUGCGGGACGGCAUGUCCCACCUCAUCCAGUCCAGCGGGCUGGGGGGGCUGCAGCACAACACGGUGCUGGUGGGCUGGCCCCGCAGCUGGCGCCAGAAGGAAGACCACCAGACCCGGAGGCAUGAGAGCGACAUCUCCGCCUACACCUACGAGAAGACUCUGGUGAUGGAGCAGCGCUCCCAGAUCCUCAAGCAAAUGCACCUCACCAAGAAUGAACGGGAGCGGGAGAUCCAGAGCAUCACGGAUGAGUCCCGGGGCUCCAUCCGGCGCAAGAACCCAGCCAACACGCGUCUGCGCCUGAGUGUCCCCGAGGAGCAGGUGGGCGAUGGUGAGGAGAAGCCAGAGGAGGAGGUCCAGCUCAUCCACGACAAAAACACCACCGCCUUCUCCAGCAGCUCCCAAUCACCUGGUGACGAGGUGGAGACGGCCCCCGAGAAGGUGCAUCUCACCUGGACCAAGGAGAAGUCCGUCGCCGAGAAGAACAAGAGCAAGAGCCCCGUCAGCCCUGAGGGCAUCAAGGACUUCUUCAACAUGAAGCCGGAGUGGGAGAACCUGCCGGGGCCUCCCCGCAACCGGAAAGGGGACGAGAACUACAUGGAGUUCCUGGAGGUGCUGACGGAGCACCUGGACCGAGUGCUCUUGGUGCGCGGUGGGGGCCGGGAGGUCAUCACCAUCUACUCCUGAAACGUGGCGCGCAAGAGAGGUUUGUCUGCACGCUGAGAGCCCCGCCACCCCUUCGCACCGUGCUCCUGGAGGGGAGGAGGGAAGGCCUGAUGGCGGCCAGUGUGCAGAAACGUCACCUGGCUUGGGCCGUGCCCCUGAUCUCUCCAUUCGAACUGCAGCACCAGAUCUUCCGGGAGCAUCCAGCAUCAGAGCAGCUGUUCCUCAUUGCAACAUCACAGCACUGCUGUCCUUGUUUAUAUAUAAAUACAUACACUGUACCGCGG